CAGAAACUACGGUAAAUAGAGGUUUUUGGUAUUUGCACUAAGUAGCAUUUUACAUGAAGCGUCUAAAACCAGCGUCUUGAAGUUGAUAAAGACUUUAGACAGAGAGGCUUUUGUUUGUUUAUUCUGUUCGGUGUCGAACGCCUCGACUGCCGCUCCUUCAAUUAUUUUGUCACGCUGGUUUCUGUCAUUUCAAAAUGACGGUUUCGGGGACUUUGUACACACCGGAAGGAUAUCAUAGGUCUUGGAGGGCCCAAAUUGCAGCCCAGUUUAGUGGCGCUACCUUAAAAAUUGUGAAUUUUAUUCCUGGUGUGACUGACAAAGACCAGAAGUUCUUGGAAAAAUUCCCUCCCGCAACUGUUCCGGUUUUUGAAGCUGAUGAUGGUACAAACCUUUUUGAUGUAAAUGCCAUAGCUUAUUGUUUGGGAACUGAUUAUUUGAGAGGCGGUAAAAAUGCACACUUCGUCACACAGUGGGUGAAUUAUGCGGAUAACAGCAUUCUUCCGUCUGUUGCUACUUGGGUUUAUCCUUGUCUUGGUAUAACCCAGUUCAACAAAAGCAAUACGGAAAAGGCUAAGGCCUGUAUCUCGUCCGUGCUCAAGUUUUUGAAUGAACAACUCAGUAAGAUGACAUUCCUCGUGGGUGAUCGUUUGUCUCAAGCUGACAUUACUGUCUUUACGGCCUUACAUCCAUUAUUUACUCAUGUUUAUGAGGAAAAGGAACGGAACUCUUAUCCUCAUGUUGUACGUUGGUAUACAACUAUCGCCAAUCAACCAGAAGUUUUGAAGGUCGUUGGACAGUCAACGUUAUGUGUUAAGGCUGCACAGUUCGAUGCCAAGAAAUAUGCUGAACUGCAUAAGAAAACCCCUGAGGCUAAACAACCAAAGGAAUCAACAAAAGAAAAACGCAAAACUGAACAUCCUAGUGAAAAAGCAAAGCCUGAAAAUGUCGACGAUGAACUCCCAAAACCAAGCAAAAAUCCGCUUGCAGAUCUCCCUGUCGGAAAGUUUGAUUUGGAUGCAUUCAAGAGAGUGUACAGCAAUAUGGACAUAGAAAAAGAAGCAAUACCAUAUUUCUGGAGCAACUUUGACCCAGAAGCUUAUUCUAUCUGGUUUUGCGAGUAUAAAUAUCCUGAAGAAUUAUCUUUUCUCUUCAUGACUUCGAAUUUGGUCGGAGGCUUUUUCCAACGAGCAGAAAAGAUGUUAAGAUAUGCAUUCAGUUGCAUGUGCAUAUUUGGCGAGGAUAAGAACAAUACAAUCAGCGGUGUUUGGGUGUGGCGAGGAACUGGUCUGAUCUUCGAAUUGGACAAAGAUUUGCAAGUAGAUUAUGAGUCUUACGAUUGGCGAAAGUUAGAUCAUAAUUCAGAGGAAGAUAAAGCUAUUGUACAUGACUACUUUACACGGAAUUUCCAAAACAAGCCUUUUAGUCAGUUCAAAUUAUUUAGAUGAACAAUAAAGUGAUUUACUUUUGUGGGUGAAUAACUUUAUCUUUUUGUUAACUGCUAUUUUUGCGCGUACUGUCGUUAUUAUCGAGUCUCGAUGCAAUGUCAACAUUUAUAUGUAGCUUAAGUUAUUUUGAUUAACGAACUCCACAAAUCUAAAUACUAUCGCGUGCAUUGUCAGUAUGUAUGUCAUUAACUAUCUCAGGCAACUUAUUCUCCGCGUCUCCAUGAAUGUCAUACACUUUCCUUUCGCAGCCUACCCUAGAAUCGAUUAACUGUUUAACGUUUUGUUCUACCAAUAUAUCUAUACUAUUGGCUGUUUAUUUAAUGACAGUUAUUGAUUACAAUAAUUUUGCAACCCCUAAAUAUUUGUAUGACAUUUAUUUAUUCGUUGAACGAUCACAUGGC